UUCCUUUUUGUUUCUUGUUUUUCGUACCUUAGCCUCUCUUGUAUUUACGUUUUAGUUACGCUUUUAUACUCUCACGAUCAAAGUUAUUUUAAACUUUUAAGUUUUGCUUAUCCAGUUUUCUUUUAUCUCCAGUGUUUUCAGCAUUUUUAUGCGCGUUAAUAAUAACUUUGAUAACAACAUUGAACGGCCAACGAUAUUGUUUUCAUCAUUAUUAUAAGCGAGUAAUUAUAACAAAGUAGACAAGCGCCUGUUCGAACUGCCUCUUCAACCAAAGAUUCAUCAGAGCCAGCAGCUGCCAGCCACAUAUCACAGUGGUGCCAAACCCAAAGGCUUUUUGCAGCGUAAGGAAACUGACACUGGGGGCACCCACAGGACGUCACAGACUCAACCGCACCCCCCUCCACAGUGCGCCAGCCGGUUUCAUUCUGCUGGAAAGUCUGGGAGUUGCAAAGUGACAGUCUGGGGCUCCAGGAGAAACGUCUCCAUGAUUCGCUGCUAAGAAGGGAGGCAAAGAAUUCCCCUCACAGGUGACAUGCUGGGCAGUGGUAAGAGCUGAUGUCGAAUAGGAGAUUUAAUUAUCUUAAUCUUCAUUUAGGAUUCCUUAGAUAAAUAUUUUGCGCAUCCCUGCGUUCCCAGUUUAUCUAUAGUUACAUACUCCCUCACUAUCGCCAAACUAAAGAACUGACACGACUGUUACUUCUUGUUUAAUCCAUUUAUACAUACUGUUGAUUUUGUGUAAAUUUUCAUUUAUCGCUGACGUUGUAUGUGUAUAUUUCUUGUGAGCAGGAAUUAAGAUCACUGUAUAUCAUUUUUGCUGCAUUUAAUCGUAGGUCACUGUUUAUAUUGUUAGGUAGGAGUUAGCUGACGUUUUUUCUAGCUAGGAAACGUUACAGGUGGUCAGUACCACUGUCCUCUGUUUGAAUUGGAAUGAGAGAAGCUAGCUGUUGUGUCAUGUGCAUGUGUUAAUAUUAAAGCCAAGGUGCUACUGACUAGCUAACUGACUGGAUGCCCAUUAACAUUAUAACUCCUAUUGUGUGUAUUUAUUAUUAUUAUUUUGUAGAUUUCAAGCACUUUUCUUUUUUGAAGUGUAUUUUUAUUUAUGUAUUUGUAUUAUAUAAUACAGACAAGAAGGAAAAAGGCAGAGACAAACAUUGAAAAAGUCAAUUACUGUUAAUGUGUUAAUGUUACAUGUUGUGCAUUGCAUUUCAAAUAAAAGUCCAAAAAAUAAGUCCAAGGUCCAUUUUUGGUAUUUUUGGUACUCACUAUAGGGGGCUGGUUUACUCCAGAAACAUACAUACUGUUUAUGUGUAUGUUGAGGAGCUGCUGUAUCAAAAUGAGUUGUCUUCCCCCAGAAAUUAGGGUUACGAUAUGUUUCUUUUAUGAUUCCAAUCCAUUCCUCUUUUGCUGUGGCUCAGCAUUUAAAUAACCUUUAUCAGAUUUGAUGGUUUAGUCACAGACUUUCCCAAAAAGUGUUUUUCUUUCACAAAUGUGGGAAUGAAAUUGAGUUAAACUGAAAAAACAGUGAAAUUUAUCUUGCCUGGCUGGGCAGCUCUCUGGGUGCUCAGCACCCCUAAACCUCUGAUCCUAGAAUCGCCCCUGGUCAUGAUGAUACAACUCUCUUGUUUUCCCUCAUUAUCCCUUUGAGUGAACAUGCUCAUGCUCUAUGAGGACAUCUUGUGGCCACAAGUCGUCACAGCAGUUCCUUUCGUAAUUCCAUUCGUGAUCAUUACUGCAUGACCUAUUGGGAGAGUUUAGUGACUGACCCUGAAUGUCUUUACAAAUCUUAUCCAACCCAGCAACAGUUGAUGCAGUCUUAAGUAAUGCUUUCACCUUUAAUUAAGUAUUUUCAUUAAAGCGACAUAAACUUGACAACACCACACACACAGCACAUUUUGGGGGGUUGGGAUCAGGUGUGUUACCCUUCAGUUGUUGUAGAGUUGACUAGACUCACUCUGGCAACUGAGCCGCAGCCACCACAGGUUAAGCUGGGGCGGCCGUGACUCUUAACUGGGUGCUUAUACUUAACAACUGAUGAACAGUAUGUUGAAGCGUGUGUGGUCCCGGCCUCUGCAUCAUCACCAGAAUAAACUGAACAGGAAGAGGAAGUUGUCGUCUACGUACUUGAGCUAUAUUUCAGUCUGAUGUUCAGUCAGUCAGCAGCAAGACACCAUGGAGGUCACAGCUCUCUGCUUCAGACUGUUGAUGCUUGAAGUCACUCUGCUGAACAGCUUUACUCAGAAAAGUGAUGCAGCUUUUCUUCGUAUCACUCCAGACAGACUGCAGCACUUUCAAUAUGAGCCUGUGUCUUUUGAAUGUGAGGAGUCUGAUGGCUCGACCAAACUGAAAGUGAUCAGGAAUAAUGUAGAAUCUGAUCGAGUUUGUGAUACUGAGAGGACGCCAUCAGGGUCCUCCUGUACCAUUGAGGGAGCCUAUCCAUCAGACAGUGGAGAAUACUGGUGUGAGGCUGAAGGAGGAGAGAGGAGCAACAGUGUCAACAUCUCUGUCAUCACUGCUGAUUCAGUGAUCCUGGAGAGUCCUGCUCUUCCUGUGACGGAGGGAAACAAUGUGACUCUGCGCUGUAGAAAGAAGAACACUUCUAACCUUAGAGCUGAUUUCUACAAAGAUGGCCUCCACAUAAACACCAGCUCUACAGGAAACAUGACCAUUAACAACGUCUCCAAGUCUGAUGAAGGACUCUACAAGUGUCACAUCUCUGGAGCUGGAGGAUCACCAGAGAGCUGGAUGGCUGUCGGAGAUAGUGUCAUUUGUAGUGUUACAGCACAUACCGUUUCUGUCACCCCUCCAUCACCUCAUCAAGAGCCCCACUCUGAUGACGCUGGCGCCCCACAUGUCCUCAUCCUCCUGUGGAUGUCCGUCACCAUUUUAAUGUUGGCUCUGGUGCUGGUGGUGGUUGGAUUCCUUCAGAUCAGGAAACACAGAGUUUCCUCAAAGAAACCAGACGCCGCAUUAAGCUCAGUCUGUGAAGAGGACGCUGCAGACGAUCCAAACGGUGUAACGUAUGCAAUCGUUGUCACAAAACCGAGAGAGGGCACAGACGCUGCAGACGCUGCUGAUAAUUUGAGCCUCAAGUCAAACCACAGCAGAAAACCACGCACAGGAGAAGAUGAAGAUGAAUCGUCAUUUCAACCUGUUUACUCUGCUUUGACCAUAAGUGAGACUCCACAAGCUCCCCAGCAAGAACCCGGAUCCAGCUCCAAGGAGACCCCAAGUCCCACAGCAGCCAAAGACUCGAGUUCAACAGAGCAGGAACUUCUCUAUGCUCCUGUCCGGAAGAUGGAUGAUAAGAUAAAGGUUUGCUGGACACAGAUGCCUUGAAGAUUCCCCCUUGUGUUGCAGAGUGACAGAGCUCCAGGCUUUAACUUUACUGAGCAGUGACAUCUCCAAAGUGGCCUUGAAGGCAACACCUUCAGUUUAGCUGAAUGACUUCAGACUGAGCUCUAUAUCUUUACAGUCAUUGUACUCGAACUAUAUUUCUUUACAUACUCAACCUUGGAAACAAACAUCUGUGUGUCAUUAGCAAAGCUUGUUCCUAAGCUUUCGACUGUAUUCAUGGACUUCUUCAGUGAAUGGAACAUAUUCAGGUGUCGUCACAUGACCUACAUUCAGCACUUAAAAGGACAGUGUGUGAGAUUUAGGGGGAUUUUGUGCCAUCCAGUUGUGAGGCUUGCAGAUUACAACCAGCUGAAACUUCACCUGGUUAGAAUUCCUUUAGUGUUCAUUGUUUAGAGGGUUUUUACUGGAAGCUGAAUUAUCCACAUAAGUCUCCAAAGCUUCUGAUUUAAACCAGUGAAAACACAGAAUGAAGUACUUUCAUCUCACAAAUAAGUGCUUCCCUGAUGCAGUAUUGCAUUGUAGGGGAAAUACCUCUUUGAGAAUAUUUGCACUCGUAAUAAAAUUUUGGGGCACCACCUUCCUAACGAGGGAAGCGACUAAUCAAAUUAAUAACUCCGUAAACCAAUUAUUAAUUAGUCAGCACGCUUAUCAAUAAUGAAUCAAUCUCAAUAUCUGGGUUGUGACAACGACUUGGCAAUAAAUGAAGAUUUAUUUAAGCUAAAUAUGUAACAACUGAAUAAAUAUAUCCCCCUGAAUCACACACACUGGACCUUUAAAUACAGAACCUAGGUCAAAUGGUCAUACCCUCCAGUUGUUGACAGCUCCUAAAAAUCUGAGUAAGAGACCUUUGAGUUUAGGACCUUUUACCACAGGUAUAUCUCUAUGUGCUCUGUAUUACAGGCCACAGAGAGCAGAGACACCUGACUGAAUGAAGACUCUGUGCUAAUGUCUGCAAGAGAAGAAGAAACAAAUCAUAAGUACUGUUGUGUUGUGCAGCUUUGUGUUUAACUUAAUUGUAUGCUUUAAAAGUAUUUUAAUGGAAUUUUACUUUCACUGAAAAUAGCAAGCAGCAAAAACAUGUUAUUUAAUAUUAUCAUGCAGCUAUCAAACCUGUCAUGUUUCAAAAUGUUGUAUUUUUGUAACUCAGUAACAAAACAAAUUUAAGGAACUAACAUUUAUUCUACUUUAUUCUGUACAAUAAAGGACUUUGCAUAUUUUAUAUAUUAGAUUGGAAACAAAGGCUUUACAGCUAAUAUGCAUUUAUUAAUUCUAUAACCUUUUUUAACUGAUGUACUUUUUUGAGAAAUAGUGAAGUUCAAUUGAUCUGAUAAGUCAGAAAGAUACUUAACUCACAGCAUCAGUUCCUUUUUUAAUUAGUGCAACAGCUAAACCACAUUGUGCUGUCUGCUCUGUUCACACGUCUGAAGACUUCGUUUAUAGGAAGAAGAAUAAAAACAAGUCUGGGGUUCUGUUCAGAAUUCUGUUGUCAACUGAAUGUUAUUCAAUAAAAAUAUUGAUAUUUUACAAAUACAGUUUAGCAAAUCAUGUAAGGGUAUGCAAUCAAAGAUUUUAAAAAUGAAAAAAAAGUGCAGUCUUUGACUGUUACAGUGCUAUAAUGUGAACAGUGCAUUUACAUAUUGCUGCCCCCUGCUGUGAAACACCUGUCAUCUCUCACAUAAACACUUUCCUUUUUCCAAAGACAAAUGUUGUUGUUUUAGAGAAGAAAUCUAACAGAAAAAAUGUGUUUCUUAUACUUCAUUUCAAUUUGCAGGCUGAUACUUACAAUAAUGGUGGAGAAAGCUUGUAACUGCUACAUUACAAUCUAAUAGUCUUGCACAUUAUUUUAGUCUGCAGCACAACAGAGAGUGAUCCUACAAUAUUGCUGUUUAUUAUAUGAGCUAAAAGUUCACGCUAUUAUUUAAGAACUUUAACCGUUCAGAUUACAUUAUUCUUUGAGACCACUGUUUAGACAAUAUGAACUAUAUAUAUAUACUAUACUAUACUAUAUAUAACAGGUAUGUCUGUUUUUAUUUGUUAUUUCUAUGUAUAAUUUUACAGUCAAGUUAAAGUUCAAAUUAAAAUAUAUAUCUCUAAUAUUCCUCUACCUGUGUACCUCUGACCUGUUUUUUUUUUCAUCUUUUAUCGUAACUAUAUGUAUUUUAUUGCACAACAAAUGCCUUGUUUUGUUGUUGUUUUUUUUAAAUAAAAUGUCACAUGAAAAAAAAUGCUAUGUGUCUACAUGUAACGUAAUUCCUGAAGUGAACCAAAACAAUUUUAA